AGAAUGACCUUUUCCUAUUCAUGACCUGGUCAGGGUUUAUAAUAGACCGCAAGUCAGCACGACAGAAAAGCAAGGACAGACACUAGAAUGCACAUGAUGACAGUCAAGCAGUGGGGAGUAUGGGCUGUAUUGCUCUGGCCCUGUCUGCUUACUAUGAGCAUCCCUCUAGACUGUAAGGAAGAGCAGGGCAGCCUCUCCCGCUGCCUUUCCAUCUCCCAAGAAAAACUUCUAGAUCGAGUCAUCCAACACGCUGAGCUCAUCUACCGUGUCUCAGAAGAAUCAUGUUCUAUGUUUGAGGAGAUGUUUGUCCCCUCUCCGUUGCGGCUCCAGAGGAACCAGGCUGGCUAUGCAUGCAUCACCAAAGCCUUACCCAUCCCCAGCUCCAAAAGUGAAAUCCAACAGAUAUCUGAUAAAUGGUUGCUCCACUCUGUGCUGAUGCUGGUCCAGUCCUGGAUCGAGCCCUUGGUCUACCUGCAGACCACACUGGAUCGCUACGAUGAUGCUCCAGACAUGCUGCUCAACAAGACCAAGUGGGUGUCUGAGAAACUGAUCAGUCUGGAGCAAGGGGUGGUGGUCCUUAUCAAGAAGAUGUUGGAUGAGGGGACGUUGACCACAACCAACAGUGAACAGGGAAUAUUCCAGUAUGAUGUGCAGCCAGAGAUGCUGGAAUCAGUUAUGAGAGACUAUACCCUGCUCAGCUGCUUCAAGAAAGACGCCCAUAAGAUGGAGACUUUUCUCAAGCUCCUCAAGUGUCGACAAACUGACAAAUACAAUUGUGCAUAAAACAUGUGCAGCUGUUAAAUAAUACAAUGUUUAGCUUUAAAUGAAUUCCUGUAGUUGGUAGCUGUGCACUUAUAGAUAUGACCAUGCCUUAGGCGACUCAGCCUUGCUUGCAAUGUGGUACAUUCUAUAUUGAUUAUUUUGGAACACCUUCACAUAAAACUAAGUCGGUGUAAUGCUGUGCCCUUACUUCAUCAUACUGCAGUUUAUAUUUCCCAGCUCCGUUGUUAUUUUAACCUGGCAAAGGCAGCAGAGGGCAAACUCCCAAAAGAUUAUUUGCGUGUCGAGCUGUCAAAAAAAUCUGCAUAUCCUGCCAUUGAUUUCCAUUUCCUUUGUUCUUAACUGGAGUUUGUAUUCCUCGCUGCCUCUUGCAGUGUUUUGAUUAUUCCCACGGCCCCUUGAGUAUUCAGCGAGACUCCCUUUUUAAAUGGAGUUGGUUUCACUUCUGCAUUAGCGAAAUGAAACACUUUCACCGGAGAUGGGAGUCAAACAGAGAGCAAUCGCUACUUAGAAAAGGAGACACAUUUUGAUUGGCGAAGGAGAGUGUGAGAGAGAAGGAGAGAGAAAAAACAGCUAAAAAUUGGAGGCAAGCCUUAUCUGGAGAUUUAGGUAAGGCUCAAGUUGAUAUUUGUUGAGUGCUCAUCAAAGAAUCAUGAAUAUUUCUAGGCUUAAAUGUGUCUAAUUUAACCUGAAGGUAAGAGUCUAUUAAGGAAAUACUUUCUUCACUUUGAAUAAAUAAUUCAAAUGAAGAAAUAUACAAUUCAAAUUUUAAUUGUUAGAUGUUAUGAAUUUAUAAUGCAGAAUGCAAACCACACAUUUUUGUACUCUCAUGUGUAAAUAGAAGAAGCCAGUGUAAUGUGAAAACCUUUCUAGUCGCUGAUUUAAGAAGCUAAUAAAGCAAAUUGUGGAAAGAAAAGAGAAAAAAAA